AUGAUCAGACUACACGAGGACGCGCUCCCACUCCUUUUUGCUGAACGCCCUCCGCAGUCUCUGUUCCCGUCACUUUCCUCGCUCGACUUCUCCAUCCUGUCGUGUAGUUCCUCCAACUUCACCUUAAUCCGGGACUUUCUCUCCCCAAAAAUGACAAACCUCGCCUUUACCCUCCCUCGAAAGAUGUGUCUUCAGGGCAUUUGCGGGGUAUUAGAAGAUCUUCCUCGGAAGGCUACUCGCCUCGAAAACCUCACAAUUUCAUCUUCUUUCCACUCUAUUCGUAUAUCUGCACAGAGUGUGCUGAAUAUCGCAUCACUUCGUCAUGUUCAGGAGCUCUCCUUGAAUCUUCACCCUAAUUUCGACGUCGACAUACUACGCGAUAGGGCAAAUAAUAGUACCUUCCCCGCUCUCCAGCGUCUCAUUCUCACGGCAUACGACCUUCCCCAGUGUACAUCUAUUGUAUCGCUUAUAUCCUCACCACAGCUAGAAGAUGUUUCCGUCUCCUACGACGUCCAAGCACAAUCUUCCGUCAUCACUUCAUUCUUGAGUGCCAUCGGCACGUCUAUUCGUUCAAUUUCUCUCCGACACAAUAUGCGAACUAACACAAUUGCCGACACUCCUUUUGUUUUCUACCCAUCCAUAUUUGCACCGCUAUUCGCUUGCCGCAAUCUCCGCACCAUCCAAGUAUACAAUCUUGGUACGCUCAAUUUAGAUGAUGAGUUCAUCAUUGCAGCGGCUAAAGCCUGGAACAAACUCGAGGACAUUCGACUCUGCAGCUUACCUUGGUCCUACAUAAUUCCCAGCGUCAGUUUGAACGCCUUGACAGCGUUGACCCAAUACUGCCCACAGCUCACCCGCGUGCACCUGUCCUUGGAUGCAAGGGAAAUCCCUGAAGUACCGAUCGGCGGUCUCAGUACGGUUGGUGCUCAGUUCCUGGAGGUGCUCAAUAUCCGGGAUUCGGUUAUUGAGCACACUGAACUUGUCGCGCAAUUUUGCGGGCGACCAUACCGAAUAUGAAGACUUUGUAUGUUGAAGCACAUCCAGACUAAGGGAUAAAUGGAUGGAAGUGAAGGCCUACUAUGACCGGCUGUCAGUGGUG